AUGGCUCCUUCUAGAAGAAAGAAAACCUCUGUGAAAAUUAGUAAGACCUCCACGAAACGUGAUACUCCUGCACAGUAUAAAGUACAAUUUCUAGGAAAAAAUAAUACUUUUUUUGAUGAUGAAAUUAAACAACUUAAACUUUGGAAGAGUAUUAUUGAGGAGUCAUCUGAAUGUGACAUAUUAGCUAGUAAAGGAAGUUUAGAACAAAGAUUUAAUGAUCAAAAAAUAAAAUACAAAGAAAAAGUUAGAAGAUUGGAAACAGAAAAUAAGCAACUUAGAAGAGAUAUCCUCAUUAACAAACGUGAAAUUUCUAAGCUAGAAGUUAAGUUGGCUAAGUUGGAAAGAGAUUAUGAAGCUAUGCAAUUAGAUAAUAAUGAAAAAGAACAAAAAAUUAUUCUUUUGGAAAAUGAGAUUGCGUUAUUGUCAGGAGAUAGAAUUGAAGAUUUACAAAAUGAACUCGAAUUAAUGAAUAAGAAAGUUAAUGAUUUAACGAUAGACAAAAAUAGUACAACAUCACAAUACAUUUCUCUAAAAAAAGAACAUAAAACCUUUCAAGAUUUUCAUAAACAACAAAUGAAAGAGCAAUUUAGUAUUGAAGAUACAA